AUGGCGAAUACUGCUUAUGCUGAUGCAAAAUCGCGAGUGGUACGUUGUGUUAUUAAAUUAAAAUCAUUUCUUCAGGCUUCCGUAGAUUUUGCUAAUGAUCGUACCAACGCGGCUAAGCGAGCUAAAAUUGGUAAAAUGUUGAUUGAACUGACUAACCUCCGAAAUACCGUCGAAGACGAUAUCGAACGUAUGGAAUCUGCUUUUAAUUCUGCGACAGCUCCUGUUGAGGUAACCGAUCAUACGGAGAGUCAAAAACUUAUCGAGUCUUUCGACCAUUAUUAUUAUGAACUGGUUGCAUUCGCGGAUAUACAUAAAUUCUCAUUAUCACCCCCACUGGAUGUGUCAUCAAAUUCAUUUUCAAAUCAACAUCACAUAAAUAACAUGUCGGCCUUUCAACUACCAAAACGAAAAUUCCCAGUGUUUUCUGGCGUGUUGACUGAAUGGCAAGGGUUUGAGGAUCUUUUUAAAUCAAUUUUGUCUCAUGCUCCAGACUUGCCAGAUGUCGAACGGUUUGAGUAUUUAAAGACAUCCUUGUCAGGAGAACCGUUAUCACUUAUUUCGCAUCUUCCUCUUACGUCAACAAAUUAUAAUAGUGCUUGGAAAAUCCUAAGUGAUCGAUACGGCAACAAACGGGACUUAGCUCGCAUCCACCUUGACGCUCUGUUAGCUAGCCAAAGUGUCAAAUCCAACGAAGCUGCGUCCAUUAAAUUUCAAAUAAAUACACUUCUGGAACACACAGCUGCUUUAGACAACCUUGGCUAUGUGACCCGACAGUGGAGCCCGUUGCUUGUACAUAUAGUCGAGAAACAUCUAAAUUAUGAUCUGCGUGCUCGGUGGGAAUUAGUCGUUGGUGAUAAUUAUUUUCCUCAACUCACUGACAUUGUUGAUUUUUUACGUAGCCACUUGCGAUCUGCUGAAAUUUACUCGGGUUCUCCCUCGUGUGACAAACUCGACAAUGUGGCAAAACCUCAACGGUUCUAUAAAAAUCCAACGUCUAAACCUCGUGUAUUAGGAUCUUCUGCAGUUCUGUCUACAACAACCAACACUUCACCUGUAAAGAGCUGUCAAUUAUGUAACGCGCUCCACUCAAUUCGACAAUGUAAAUUAUUUAUCGAAAAGGCUCCAAAUGAACGUUUUCUCAUCGCUAAGACACAUCGAUUAUGUAUAAAUUGUCUUGGUUCAGGGCAUUCUGCAAUGUCAUGCACAUCUAAACAUAUAUGCCAAUCAUGUAAGAAAAGUCAUCACUCUUUAUUGCAUUUUCACUCUACGGCUAGUCCAUCCAUUUCGGUAGCCCCAGUAUCAUCAACGACUUUAUCCAUUAAAACGUCAGAGCCCUUGCCUGUGGCUGGGUCACAUGUAGCUACUACAUCAUGUCUUAUUCGUGGACAACCGCAGCAAAUCGUUCUACUAUCAACAGCUGUUGUUGAAGUCUAUGCUGCUGAUGGACGGCGACAUGCGUUAAGAGCGUUGUUAGACUCUGGUUCACAAGCUAGCUUUAUCACGGAAAGAGCUGUUUGUGCUCUUAUGCUUCGCAGAGUUCAAUCCUCUGUCAGCGUUACUACAUUUGCUAAUUCCGAUUCUACAGUUGUUCGGGGUAAAUGUACUAUUAAGAUGGUUCCGUCCGGUCAACAAUCACCUUCGUUUUGUCUUGACGUAUCAAUAGUUCCUCGAAUAACUGGCCCAACUCCUCAAACUCCGGUCACGUCUGGGCAUUGGGAACAUAUUAACAGCUUGUCAUUGGCCGACCCAUCGUAUAAUACACCCGGUCCCAUAGAUUUGUUACUAGGAGCUGACCUGUUACCGGUAGUUCUCCUUGAUGGCACGCGGACGGGUCAAAUUGGAGAACCCUUUGCAAUGAACACUGUGUUCGGAUGGGUUCUCAUGGGUCCAACAGACGUAUAUGAUCGCUCUUCCAUCACCACCCUGUGUAUGAAUGUAUCUGAACCUCUUGACUCGGCAAUUAAAAAAUUUUGGGAACUUGAAGAGAUAACCACCGUUCACCACUUAAGUCCUGCUGACGUUGCUGCUGAGGAUAUAUAUAAAUCAACCACGACUCGACUUAGUUCUGGCCGAUUUGUCGUCACUAUUCCGUUUUUGAGACCACGACCACUGCUUGGUGACUCCAAAACGUUAGCUAUUCAACGAUUUAAGGCUCUCGAGUGCCGACUUAACCGCAACAAAGACCUUCGUGAUCAGUAUGCUGAGUUCAUGCGUGAUUACCUGACAGCUGGUCAUAUGGAAUUGAUUCCCUUGUCUGAACAAAGCAAUCCAUAUCAUUAUUAUAUUCCUCACCACUGUGUACUUAAACCCGAUAGCCUUACUACAAAGCUUAGGGUUGUGUUCAAUGCAUCUGCAAAAACGUCAACUGGUAUAUCAUUAAAUGACAGUAUGUACACCGGUCCUAAACUGCAACCUGAUAUAAAAAUUGUUCUCCUUCGUGCUCGACUUUGGAAAUACUUGUUUAUGGCUGAUAUCAAACAGAUGUAUCGCCAAAUUCUCAUCGGACCUGCUGACAGAGAUUAUUUGAGAAUUCUGUGGAGAUUCUCAUCCACGUCUCCACUUGAGGAAUAUCGGUUAUGUACUGUGACUUACGGUACCUCUGCUGCACCGUUCCAAGCACUUCGCACUGUUCGCGAACUAGCGACGGUAGAUGGUGCCAGCUGGCCGAUAGCUGCCUCUGUGUUGUUGAAUGACACCUUUGUUGAUGACAUACUAACCGGAGCCAAUUCAACAGCAGCUGCUCUUGAAUGCCAGACUCAGCUAAUAAAUUUGUGUGGCCUGGCGCAAUUUCAAUUGCGAAAGUGGGCCAGUAAUAAUAGUCAACUUCUGCAAGCUGUACCAGAAGACGCUCGUGCCAUAGCCCCAUCUGUUCUGUUCGACAGUAGUGAACAUUCAGACUUAAAGGUACUAGGUUUGAAGUGGGACCCUUUAGCUGAUCAUUUUUCGUUCAAAGCGAUUGUUUCGACCGCCAUUCCUACCAAACGCACAGUCCUGUCAGAAAUUGCUAAGAUCUUCGAUCCGUUAGGCUUGCUGUCCCCACUCACCUUCUGGACAAAACACGUCAUGCAGCAACUUUGGAUUGCUGGAAUCAAAUGGGAUGAUCAAGUACCAAAGGAUAUUGCUGUAAUGUGGACACGCUAUCAAUCAGAGCUAAUGUCAAUUGAAAACGUCUCGAUACCUCGUCGAAUCACAUUUGAAAACGCCACAUCAAUCCAACUUCACGCUUUUUCGGAUAGUUCGGAGAAAGGAUACGCAGCGGCCGUCUACCUCCGAACGCAAACUUCUACCUCAGUCUAUUGUCACCUUGUCACAGGAAAAUCGAAAGUAGCACCUCUUAAAAGGUCCACUAUUCCACGACUUGAGCUAUGUGGAGCUGUUCUAGCUGCCAAACUCCUACGGUUCGUCGUCGAUGCCUACUCAAAUCGUAUCACUAUUGAUUCACUCCAUGCCUGGACAGAUUCAACUACCGCGUUGGCUUGGAUCCAGUCGUCUCCUCAUCGUUGGGCCACUUUUGUUGCAAAUCGAACUAGCCAAAUUCACGAGCUCACGUCACCCGAUAUUUGGAACCAUGUCCCUACACAUCAAAACCCGGUUGAUUGUGCAUCACGCGGACUUUUCCCAUCCGAGCUUGCUGCUCAUCCGCUAUGGUGGACGGGACCCGCUUAUCUAUUAGAGUCGUCUAAUACUUGGCCUUCUGCGGUAUCAAGUUCAGUUACAACAGAUAAUCAUACAUCUAUUGAAGCACGAAAAUGUACUGUCCUUCUAACCACGACCAAUUGCGCAAUUACUGACCUUCUAUAUCGGUUCUCGUCCUUAAAUAAGGUUCUACAUAUCGUAGCGUACUGUCUUCGCCUAUCUAAGUCACGUCCGUCAGCACCAUUCACACACUUGAUUGAUGCGAAUGAACGAACCCAUGCUUUAGCAGCUUUAGUGUUUUAUGUUCAACAAACGUCAUACUCCCAUGAAAUUUCAAAUAUAAAAAAAGGAUUACGUUGUUCUCCCGCCAUUAGAAGAUUGGACCCUUUCGUUGAUGAUCAAGGACUUCUACGAGUGGGCGGACGUCUCACGAACGCUGACUUGCCAUAUGCUCACAAACAUCCACUUCUGUUGCCGUGUCAUCAUCGCUUAACUGUGUUACUUAUUGAUCAUCAUCACCAUAGACUGAAACACCCAGGAUCCAUAGCACUCCAAGCUCAUCUACAGCGCGAGUUCUGGAUACCGUCUGCUCGGAAACUUAUUCGAUCUCGCAUACGACUCUGCAUCGCAUGUUUCCGUAUCAGACCGCGUUCCGUUCAGCCGAAAAUGGCCAGUCUUCCAAGCUAUCGUGUUCAACAAGUCAAACCGUUCUCCAUCACGGGUGUGGAUUAUGCGGGUCCUGUUUCGCUGAAGGAACCUCGUAAUCGCAACUCAGUACCACGUCUAGCGUACAUCUGUUUGUUCGUAUGCACUACGACCAAAGCAAUCCAUUUAGAACUAAGCUCUGACUUGUCUACAGAAUGUUUUUUAAUGGCGUUUACUCGUUUUUCGGCAAGACGUGGGCCUAUUAAGGAAAUGCACAGCGACUGUGGGACCAAUUUUAUUGGUGCGUCCCGUUUGAUGGACCCUCUUCAUGACCUAACAUAUUCACAAACAUUUCAAGAUAGUGUCCAUCGUCACCUUGCCAAACAUCAUAUAACGUGGCACUUCAAUCCUCCAGCAUCUCCACAUUUUGGUGGUCUGUGGGAGGCUGGAGUUAAAUCCACGAAAGCACUAAUUCUUCGAUCAAUCGGUACACACAAACUAACCAGUGAGGAGUUUCUGACAUUGCUCACUCAAGUUGAAGCCACCUUAAACUCUCGCCCAUUAUGUGCACUCAGCAAUGACCCAAAUGACUUUGAGGCUUUGACACCUAGUCAUUUUUUGACGUUAGAACCUUCAACGUCUUUACCAGAUCCAACUCUAACCGCAAUCAAGAUGUCAAAGUAUCAACGAUGGCGAUUAAUUACCGAUUUACACCGACAUUUUUGGUCCCGAUGGAAGAACGAGUACCUUAGCAGUCUUCAAGUCCGGAAAAAAUGGUUUGCACCAAAUCAAGAUCUUCGGGUUGGUGAACUUGUUCUCAUCAAAGAAGCAACACAUCCUCUUAGUUGGCGAACUGGAAGAAUUCGUGAUCUUCAUCCUGGUUUAGAUGGAAUCUCCAGAGUGGCCACUGUCGACACAACUUCUGGACAGUUAAAACGCCCAGCUGUCAAGCUUUGCCCACUUCCACUCUCUUGA